AUGCAACAGUCACAAUCGAUAACACCAUCUCAAUCGGCAAAAGUCACCCAGGGCUCCGUUCAAGCGGUUUUUAAGCCCAAGGUGCCGGGGGCCGAUAUACAACCGGAUUUAUCCCACUUAACCCCAGAGGAGCGAAUGAUUAUUGAGGAUGUUAUUAAUCGACAAAGACAAGAAGAGCUUAUUGAUCGGUAG